GGGUCCAGAAAACCGCGUUGCUAUUGUUUGACCAUUUUUGUUUUCCUGGUCUUGGUUAUUCUCUGUCUCGCGCGUUCAAUUGUUGAGGUUGAUCCUCCUAGGCGAAGGGAGGAAAGCGUGGUUACCUUGUCCCAGGGGGGAAGAGAGAGAGAGAGAGAGAGAGAGAGAGAGAGAUUAUACUAGUAGUAGUACUAGUUUCCUUUUGUUUACUUCCUCUCCCUUUACCUUUCAAAGUCAAAACCAAACCCCCCCUCCUGCCGUCCCUCUAGUACUCCUAUAUGUUUUGAAACAAGUUCUGUUUCAUUUCUUGAUCGCCUAGAUUCUCAUCAUCCUCUUUAUACCGCUCGGGAUUUGAUCAAUCCUCCUCUAUUUCUUUUUGAGCUUUAUUGCAUCAGUUAUUCUUCGUAUAUUAAAAAAAAACUAGUAGUAUGAUGAAUUCAAACGCUCCGUCUUCAAGCUCCGGAGGCGCUGGAUCCACCGAUUCUUCGACACCCAGAAGAAAUUCCAAGCGACCCAAAUAUUCGAGGUUUACUCAACAGGAACUUCCAGCUUGCAAACCGAUUCUUACACCACGAUGGGUGAUUUCAGCAUUCAUGCUUGUCAGCAUUGUCUUUAUUCCCAUUGGAGUAGCGUCCUUGUUUGCUUCCCGAGAUGUGGUUGAAAUUGUUGAUCGGUAUGAAACUGACUGCAUACCACAAAACAUAAGUGACAAGGUCCAAUACAUUCAAAGCCCUGGGGAUAAAUCCUGCAACAGAACACUGACGGUGCCGAAGCAUAUGAAGCCUCCUAUUUAUGUCUAUUACCAGCUUGACAACUUCUACCAGAAUCAUCGCAGGUAUGUGAAGAGCCGGAGUGAUCAGCAGUUGAAAUACCCUGAUAGUGUGAAUGACACAAGCGCAUGCAAACCUGAAGAUAUUGCCAACGGAGUGUCGAUUGUGCCUUGCGGUCUUAUAGCUUGGAGCUUGUUCAAUGAUACUUACGACUUCACCCUUAACAACGAGAAUUUGACAAUAAACAAGAAGGGCAUCUCAUGGAAGAGCGAUAGGGAUAAUAAGUUCGGAAAAGAUGUCUACCCUAAAAACUUUCAGAGUGGAGCUCUUAUAGGGGGCAAAAAUCUCAGUUCGUCCAUACCAUUGAGUGAGCAGGAGGACCUCAUUGUUUGGAUGAGAACUGCAGCUCUGCCGACUUUUAGGAAGUUGUAUGGAAAGAUAGAGGUAGAUCUGCGGGAAAAUGACACCAUUGAGGUGAUGUUGAAGAACAAUUACAACACCUACAGUUUCAACGGAAAGAAGAAGCUUGUCCUUUCUACCACCACCUGGCUUGGCGGGAAGAAUGACUUUCUCGGCAUUGCUUACCUCACUGUCGGCGGAUUGUGCUUCUUUCUGGCUAUGGCUUUCACUGUUGUGUACCUAGUUAAGCCAAGGCGACUUGGCGAUCCAUCCUAUUUGUCAUGGAACCGGAACCCAGGAGGUCACUGAACAUGAUUGUACACAUUCUCAAGGGGCUUGGCUUGGUAUUCUUGCUAGUAGAUGUAUAAUUUCGUGUAUAUGAAACCGUGGAGUGAUGACUAUAUCACGUCCAUUUGAAGUAUUGUAGUUGUGUGGAAUUUUGGAAAGUUGACUGGAGAUUUUCAUGUAUAAACUCACGAAUAGAAUAUAUUGUUGAGAUAUUGGCUUUCUAAUUA